CACAAGUUUUUGGUCAUUUAAGGAAGCCCAUUAUUUCUGAUCGGUGAAUAGAAGAAUUUUGGUGGGUUCCUGGGUUGUCCAUCACCAAAGCUCGCAGAAUAGGAGAGAUACAGAGAGAGGAGUAAGGAGAGAGAGUCGAAUAGAUAUAGCAAUAGAGUUUUAGAGAGAGAAAGAGGAAAUAGGGCUUUUGUUUAUUGACUUUUGUUUGUGAAGGGCUCUUAGAUUGUGUUGCUCUCUCUCUCUCUGGAAGUCAAUGGCUGAUCAUGCGGACUCUUCUCCUCUCGUUGCUCCUUCUCCGAUCACCGAACCCAACGAGAUCGACCUCGAAGCUGGUCCGGGCGAGCAAAUUCAGUGUCGAAUUUGUCUAGAAACCGAUGGUCGGGAUUUUAUUGCACCUUGCAAAUGCAAAGGGACAUCGAAGUAUGUCCAUAGGGAAUGUCUGGAUCAUUGGCGAGCUGUGAGGGAAGGAUUUGCAUUUGCUCAUUGCACAACCUGCAAGGCCCCUUAUCAUUUGAGAGUUCAUGUUCUUGCUGAUAGGAAAUGGCGAACUUUGAAAUUUCGAUUUUUUGUGACCAGAGACAUUUUGUUUAUAUUUCUCACUGUUCAGCUUGUGAUUGCUUCAUUGGCAUAUUUAGUGUAUCUAAUUGAUGGUUACCAGAAGUUCUGGCUUCGUUUGGCAUGGGGUUUUGAUAGUGUUCUGAGUUUCUACUACAUCUGUGGGGCACUGCUGUUUUUCGCAUUGCUGGGAUUAUCUGGCUGUUUCAUAACUUGUUAUGAUCGAAGAGUGAGGAAUGAUCUGGCUCAACCGUGUCGAGAAUUGUGUCUUUGUUGCUGUCAGCCCGGAAUGUGUGCAGACUGCCAUUUACCUGGCACUCUUUGCAUGUGGACUGACUGUACGACAUGCGUCGAAAGUUGUGGUAGUGCUGCGGGUGAAUGUGGUUGCUUAGGAGGUGCUGGCGAAGCUGGGCUGCCAUUAUUAUUUAUAAUGGCUUUGGUUGUGCUGGGGCUAUUUACUGUGAUUGGCAUAUUUUACAGUGUACUGGUGGCUACAAUGGUUGGACAAAGGAUUUGGCAGCGACAUUAUCACAUACUUGCAAAAAGGAUGCUAACAAAAGAAUAUGUUGUCGAGGAUGUUGAUGGCGAGAUGACUGGAUCUGAUUGGUCUCCUCCUCCUCUUCCACCUGAACAUGUUCAGCAGCUGAAAACACUUGGCCUCCUAUGAUUUCUAAUAACUUCUACAGGAAAUGCGGGAUGACCCUUUAUUUAGGUAAUAUGGGGCUAUUGAGUUUUAUUACUAUUUAUUCUGAAAGUUGAAACGCAUCUUAUUCAGCUACUGAACAAGAGAUCUCAAAUGUUCUUGAUGUUGUCUUCUUGUGUUUGUAAAUUUGUGAAUGACACCUUUGAAGGUAUAUGUAUAAGUGUUACAGUUGUAUUUUACUUUUGUAGAAGGAUAUGGAAUAUCAAUAAUUUGAAUUUAUUGACGAAAAGCAUAUGAUGAAAGUUUCCAUCGA